CCGCCGCGUUGGUUGUGCAACGCAUAAAAACGUUCAUGUUGACGCCAAUUUUAAGCCGUGCAUAACGGUACAAAAGAAUACGUACUCUAUGUGCGACUGUGUGUGAGUGCGUGUGUGUGUGUAUGUGUGUGGGCGCCGAAGCUAAGAGCGCUCGGUGUCGUGCAACGAAGUCGUGAUCGCAGCCGCGUUUCCGUUUUACGCAUUCAGUUGCCGUCGAGUCCUCGUAUUGAACAAAAGUGCAAGGAUUCCGCUGUCGAGUGAUGUUCAAGUGAAUUAAUUGAAUAAUGUGCUGAAUAAUAUGAAUCACUGAUGGUAUUCAAAAGUGAACACUUCUCGGGCAAUGACACACGCUGAACAACUGCAACGGCUACGUGCUUCACACUGCAUAAUUAUAUUUUGGGCAACAAUUCGAAAUAAUAUUAAUAAUUAAAGCAAUAUAUCAAGAAUCGAGUGUGUCUGUGAAACUGGCACAAGCAAACAAUUCAUGCUAUAGAUAAACCAAUCAUGAAAUAUGUUAAAGCUAACAUAAAUAAUGCGUGACAACAAUUUAAUAGCAACAACAAUUGGAGCGUAAGAGACAACAAAAAUAUAAUAUACAAACUUUAAACAAACUGUCAAGCCGGUUGCCGCCUCUUAAGUGCAUCAACUGCAGCAGCAGCAGCAGCAGCAGCAACAACAACUAAAAACAACUAAAACUUGACCGAAUUUUCAAUCAAUUUGGCGUCUCUAAUCUCGCCCAGAGUCGCCGUCGCCUUCACGAUCGCAAUGAUUUAUUCAGCAUAUUUCUGAAAAACUGACAAUCUGACAACAGAGAAAAAAAAAAAGAAGAAAAAUAAAACAGCUUAUACCGACACGUUCAAGCCCAAGCUUUUAGGCAGUCGUGUAAACAGUCGUGCAAACAUUUUGCUGAUGAAUGUGCCGCUGGCUUAGUGAGUGCCAAGGAUGCCAAUGAAAGUGUAGCUCAAAGUGAUUCGUGCCACAUAUUGUUGCAUGUAAACACAAACAACAGACAGUAGUGGCAACUCAAAGACCCUGUUUGCAUAGGACACCAAGGCACAAAGGCUAAACAGUUCUAUGUUCUGAAUGGAGACGACGCGUGGACGCCAACGGGCCACGGCAAGCAGACGGAGCUAUCGGGGCAUUCGCAUUGGCCAGUGUUUGCUAACAUCAGCCAAAACAACAACAUGGCCAUAAUAAGGCAACAGCAACGAACUAAAUGUAAUUCAUGGUUACAAAUACCCAACAACCUGCUGCUACUGGUGGUGAACACAAAUAUACACCCAUCACAAAAGUACCGCCAUGAAUGAGACAGAGUGUGAGGAUCUCAUUAAAUCUGUGAAAUGGACGGAACCGGCGAACCUGAUCUCUCUGGCCAUACUCGAGUUUAUCAACGUACUGGUCAUUGGCGGCAAUUGUCUUGUAAUUGCCGCCGUCUUCUGUUCAAACAAAUUACGUAGUGUUACCAAUUUUUUCAUCGUUAACUUGGCCGUUGCCGAUUUACUAGUGGGCCUGGCGGUGCUACCAUUCUCGGCCACCUGGGAGGUGUUCAAGGUUUGGAUAUUUGGCGACGUCUGGUGUCGCAUUUGGCUAGCGGUGGAUGUCUGGAUGUGCACGGCAUCGAUACUGAAUCUAUGUGCCAUAUCUUUGGAUCGUUACGUGGCAGUCACGCGCCCCGUCACCUAUCCAAGCAUAAUGUCAACGAAGAAGGCCAAGUCCUUAAUCGCCGGCAUUUGGGUACUCUCAUUUGUUAUAUGCUUUCCGCCUUUAGUUGGCUGGAAAGAUCAAGAGGCCAUGGUACAACCGACCUACACACGGGGAAACUAUACGCUUUACUAUGCCACCACAAUGUCAAGUACACAGGAUGAGCAACUAGAUGUAGGUAGAAUUAAGCAAAAGCAGGAGGAGGCUGCUGCCUCGCCGAUUAUUGAAAAUGGCAAUGCUUACAAUCCAUACGAUCCCAACUUUGCGCCAAUCGAUGGCUCCGCUGAGAUACAUAUUGCAGCCAUGACGACGACGACAACAACAACAACAACAACAGCAAGGACAACCACAAUAGCAAAAAGCACAAUUUCGCCUAGCACAGAAAUGGAUUAUGAUCUGUUGAAUGCUCCAGUGGUGAACAUGCCACAGCCGGCAACAAGUUGCCCCUGGAAGUGUGAGCUAACGAAUGAUCGGGGCUAUGUGCUCUACUCGGCACUGGGCUCCUUCUAUAUACCCAUGUUUGUAAUGCUCUUCUUCUACUGGCGCAUCUAUCGAGCCGCCGUGCGCACCACGCGUGCCAUUAAUCAGGGCUUCAAGACCACAAAGGGCAGCCCGCGAGAAUCGGGUGGCAACAAUCGCGUGGAUGAUUCCCAGCUAAUUUUGCGCAUCCAUCGCGGACGACCUUGCGGCACACCACAACGUACGCCACUCUCGGUGCACUCCAUGUCCUCGACGCUGAGUGUGAACAGCAAUGGAGCACCUGGAGCUCCCCCGGGCAUGGCAAGUGAGGAUCAGCAGUCAGUGCCGGCUUCCCAGCUGGGCACGUCCAAGCGAGCCACUUCGAUGCGCGUGAAUCGUCAGCGGCACGAGAAGGUGGCCAUCAAGGUGUCUUUUCCCUCCUCGGAGAAUGUGUUGGAAUCACCACGUUUAGGUACCACGCAGCAACAGCCACCCGCGCCCCACUAUGCAGUGAUCAGCAGCAGCACCAAAGGCGGCGCCAGCAAUCUUUCCAACGGACGACGCACCUCAUUCAAGAGCAGCCUCUUCGAUAUUGGCGAAACCACGUUCAAUUUGGACACAGCCAGUAGAGCAGCAGCUGAUCUGGAGAGUGGCAUUUCGACCGGCUCGACGUCGGCCAAGAAGCGCUCCGGCAAACGCAGUGUAAAGUUUCAAGUGAAGCGCUUUCGCAUGGAGACAAAGGCAGCCAAGACGUUGGCCAUUAUUGUAGGCGGCUUCAUAGUUUGCUGGUUGCCCUUCUUUACGAUGUAUCUGAUACGCGCCUUUUGCGAGGACUGUAUACAGCCGACCGUAUUCUCGGUAUUGUUCUGGCUGGGCUACUGUAACUCGGCCAUCAAUCCGGUGAUCUAUGCGCUCUUCUCGCACGAGUUUCGCAUUGCCUUCAAGCGCAUCGUCUGUCGAUGCGUCUGCACUCGCAGCGGCUUCCGAGCCUCUGAGAAUUUCCAGAUGAUUGCUGCACGGGCGCUAAUGGCACCAGCCACAUUCCACAAAACCAUUUCGGGCUGCUCUGAUGAUGGCGACGGUGUCGAUUUUAGCUGACUAAUCGGUAACUACGAGACGAGUCCGCUGCAGCGCACUGCCUCGCUGCCGCAGGAAGCCAGCACUAGGGAUGGCGAUGUGGAUACCACGGGCAGCACCAGGCGUAUACGGCGCGGUGGCUUCUGCAAGGGUCGUGAGCUAUAAGCAGACCAAAGCAGUAGCAGCAACAACAACUACUUACAAAUACUUGACAUAAGGCAAUGCAUUUCGCUUUUGUACUUUUGUAAACGCCGCCAGCCCAAUUGACAUUGACAGUAUUCGCAUUGAACAACGUUGUAACUUUAUGGCAAUAAUUUUCACGUAUUUAACUAGGCAUAAGGCAUACAUAUACUUACACUUAUACCUGUAGUCUUAAGCUUAAUUAAUGUGACAUAACGAUAACCAACACACUUUCAGUUAAGUACGUAGAGUUAACUAUAUUAAGCAGGCCCCAUUUGUUCAAUUUUGCCGUUGGCAAAGUGAAUCAGUUCAGUUACAUGAGUUACAUGCUACUUAGUAUUUAAUGCAUAUAUGUGUGUAUGUGUUUAUCGGCCAAUAAUUUGGUUAGGUCAACAGCAUUUUCAAUAAAAAUGAAAGCAUACAAAGAGCAAAAAACGAGCGCCGACAAAAUUAAAGGUAAUUUAUAAUAAGAGCAAUUGGAAGACACAGCAGCUCCGCAGGCACACUAAAACAAACACACAAAGGUAACAACAAACCUAACACUGGUCAACAUAAACAUAAACAUCCACAAACACCUUCUGUUUAAGCCAAAAUAAUUGGAUUCAGUUCAAGCGGCAUAAGAAAAGUAUUCACAACAUAUGUAAGCGACAACAGACGAAUUGAUUCUGAGAAGCCUAACCUAAAGAUAUGGUCGAGACAAUAUUAGAGAAUAUUCAUUUUACUUGAACAGGCCUGUUAGUCCGAUGCUCAGAUUUUAAGACUUUAAGGAUUAAUAACUAAAGGGAGUUCAGCUAUGAAGAUUGCUUAAAGCUGAACUGUGCCUUAAGCUCUUAUCAGAGAUACAACUUAUAAGUCUGAAUGUACUAAGUAUGUUUAAUUGAAUGUCCUAAACAGUCUACUUCUACAACGACACAACAUCAACUUUGCAAUAUUGAGGUAGCUUUCUGGGAAUUUUCAUUAGUGUCCGUGUUGCUGUACGUUUCCAGACCUCACCGCAGCUACAGUAAUGUAGGCUAUGCAAUUAAUUCGCAUUGCGAUUGUAUUGAGGUAUUUGAACAUCAAACAGUCGAGGUGCUUGUAUCCAAUAUCCAUUAAAAUGUCCGGAUAGGUCAAGCCCAGUGCAAACGUGUAACAGUAGGACGGAGCAGCGGCUUGAGGCGUAUCAAGCAACCAUAAAUAAUUGAACAGCGUAACAAUCAGCAUGACAUGGCAUUAUUGUGCCGAUUAUUCAUUACAUUCACGCGGCAUGUAAUGAAAAUUUAUACAGCUGUUAAACGUGCGUAUGAGUAAUAAAUGCAAAACGGGCAACAGCUAGGCCCACGCAACAUGAAUGUUGUACAAGUGUCUGUAUGUAUGUGUGUGUGUGUGUGUGUGUGUGUGUGUGUGAAAUUAUGCAAAUGUAUGUGUGUUAAUGAAAUAAAGUUCGCUUUGAAGGCAGCUUAAGACGUACAGCAGGACAGUUUUGUUGCCAAAGAAGGCGGCGAGACAGGGGCCAGCAUUGAGUGCUUGUCGCGUUUAUGCUAAGACAUUUGCAUAAUUACGCGUUUAAUUUAGUAAAGUGCAGCCUGGCAGAGCGCCAAGACAUGACACGGUUACGCCAAACAGUUUAGGCAAUGGCAAUGGCAACGCAUUGAAAUGCGUGCGUGGUGUGCAGGGGGUGUAUGAGCAAUAUUCAAUAAGACAGGAAACAUUAUGUGUAUUGUGUGCAGCACCGAACUAAUGUUAAUUCAAUUUCUCCCAU